AUGAAAUCCUGUUAUCAUAGCCACUGGCUUGGCUUGUAUACAAGAGACAACGAAAUCACCUUCACUCAAUCUGACCGAGCUGAGACCUUACUCCAUGGCCUUCCUUAUUUGGAAUCUCAAAAGCCUACUCUCUUAGUUCUCAUUGGAAAUAGAUCCAAGGAACGAGCGUUAAAAGAGCUAGCCUUGCCAAGAACCACAAAGAAUUCCCAAAGCCAUCGACGAUACGGUGAGAUACACCUUCAUCUAGAUCCAUCUACUACCUUUAGCGACAGACCUAUUCUCAUUGCCGAUGGAGACAUUCCUCUCCAGUCAAAGGUACAUAAGGGUUUCCCGUUGGAUCAAUGCCACGAGAUCACCAACCGGAGCCUUCUAGGAUUCGGAGAUCUACAGGCCGCCGCAGACAGUCUGUAUUUUCGACUCCUCUCCCCAUUCACCGACGUCUUCUGCUUUUUUGCUAGUGAUCUCGGAGGUUUGCAACCUAUUGCGCGGGUCAUCGCCGCUUGGAUGAACACGGGUCAGCCUUCGACGCUUCCAGCGACCGCAUGCUCCCAGAUCAUCAUUGUGACAGAGCCAUCCGCAACAGAGGGUCCAGAGUCACGGAUCCUGGAUCGGUUUCUCCUGCUCCUAGCUCAAGAGACGAGGACCGAUGCUUCAACAUUCUUUGGAAGUAUCCGGGUACUGAGUUUGCUCCCAGAUGGCGAUCUUUCGCCGUCGGCCCGUCACAGAAAGCUUAAGGAAGUCUUGAUGGAUGCUGUUGAUCAUGUCCGAUUGGCGAGGAUCGAGUCGAGAACGCUUUUCUCAGCCCAGCACUUGGCUGCCUUCUUAAGCCAGGCCUACUCCCACUUUGGCGCAAAUUGCAAAGAUCCGUUUAAUUUUAUCCAGGCAUCACGUAUUAACAACCUACCCGCAGCGGAUCUCGAGGAGCACCUAACCAGAUUUUUGCUCAAGAUGAAAAGCUUAGGAGAGUUGAAGAGUUUCGCCAUCCCUCUUAUUGCCUCCAGUCUUUUGCUAGACAGCUACCCUCCGGACAUGCAUUGUGAGUAAGACCCUAGUGGGGAACCAUGGCUGAUCGUCCAAUAGUUUUUUGCCCCCGAGACGUGUUUCAGGUAUUGUACAAAGACGCUUGUUACCACGCAUGCAAAGAAGGAGUGUUUGUUGAUGAAAAUUCUUCCAAUCUCCUCUUACCAUCGGGAUUUAUUAAGCUCAUUGAGGAUGAUCUCUCAGCACGCUUCGAGACACUAGACUCUUCCACGACGACCACGUCAGUAGAUCUCCACCGCCAGCUCCUGUUCAGGUGUGAGCCAGGUUGGCUUAACAUUCGCUCAGAGGAAGUCUGCCUCAUGUGCUUACGCAGAAUACCGCAAUAUGAUCUCGCAUGCGGGCACUGUAUUUGUGAAAACUGUGUCCGCAUUUUUGGGAGGAGAAGUGAACAUGACCCGUGGAGUUUUGAGGUUGAUAGCUGCUUUUGGUGUGGACUGUCUACAUCCGGAGUAGUUGUGAAGACCUUGCCUCCAACAGCCGGCGUUCGUGUGUUAACAUUUGAUGGGGGUGGUGUACGGGGUUUAGUAACCCUGAUCUACCUACUGUUAUUACAAGAUCAGAUCGGCUUGAAUUAUCCGGUGCAAGAACAUUUUGACGUCGUCGUUGGCACAAGUUCGGGUAAAGUCCCCAGCGGGAGCCGUCUACCACACUAACACAAGCAGGAGGAAUUAUUAGUGCGGAUUUGUGUGUGAUUGGUUCGCCGGUGGAGUUAUGUAUCGAACGAUUUGAAGGCUUUGCUAAACAGGCCUUCCAACCUCGACCAUCGUUAGGCAUACCACUAAUCUCAUGGGCAGUGCAUUUCUUGAUAUCAAUUUUCGCUGACGGACGUUACUCUGCUAAAAACCUUGAACUAGCCUUGCAAAAAGCAUACGGAAGUGAUCGAGGCAUCCUGGAUUGCUCCAAAGCCACAGCUACCGGUACUCGCAUCGGCUGGGUUGUAACAACAAUUCGCGAUGGUUCAACAUGUGUCUUCACGAACUAUAAUGGAGUGGGGACAAGGCCCCGGGGUUCUGGUAGCUCGUCAGGCGAUCGAAAUCGAAAUUCCGCUGACGUUGAUAGGAUAUCAUGUCUUACGUUCAAAAGAUACGGGGCGGAUCCUACUGUGGGAAGUGCAAGUAACCUCUUGAUAUAAAUGAGACCAGCUAACAUGGGGCAGUGCGAGAUGCGGAUCAGCAGCACCCUCGUAAGUAAGAAUGAUAGUGGCCCUGUCCUUAGGCUGAUUAGGAAGAUACUUCAAGCCAAAGCAUAUCUCGGGCGUUGGCACGUUCCAGGAUGGAGGCCUGCACCAAAAUGACCCUGGAAUAUUGGCCCUUCAAGAGGUGGCGGCUCUGUACCCAUGCGCCGACGGGCCUAGCCUGGUGGUCUCCUUGGGAACCGGUUCCCGACGGACGGACGACGAGCCACGCAUGUCACCUACUCGUGGGAUUUUCCAAGACGGUUUUAUCCCCCGUCUUUUCCGCGCCUUCAAGCCCUCCAUGAGCAGUGUCCACGGGCAUAAAUUUCGGAGUCGUCGAAGGAAGGGUUGCAAAGAGCAGUAUUUUCGGUUUAAUGUUGAAUUCAACGGUCCCGAGCCCGCCCUAGACGACACAUCAAAGAUGCAGGAGCUCAAAGUCGCCGCCCGAUCCGCCAUUCAAGGCUCAAAAGAAUUAGCCCGACUGGCGAGAUGCGUCAUAGCCGAGCUAUUCGUCUUCGAGCUUGAAUGCCAACCUCCAAAGGAGCACGGGAAGUAUAUGUGUGUUGGCCAUAUUUUAUGCCGCCUUCGUGCUAACCACCCAGCAUUGGCGGGCUUAAUUGAUCUUCUGUCUAGAAACCCGACAAAGUUUCUUCUCCAAGGCCAUCCGCUAGAAAGCUUAACAAGGGAGGGGUCGUAUUUGGAUAAUGGAGGCAACUUUAACAUGAGAGUGGCCGUGGAGCUGGUCGAUAGAAAAUCGCCUAUAGCAAUUCAACUCCAGGAAGGAACAUUAGAGCCUUGCCAUAUCAGCGGUUCUCCUUUUACCAUCGACUCUCUUGUCGCUGCUCAACGUCUUGAUGCAUGCUUUGGGACGUCGCAUCAUCUCAAGCGGAAGAGGGCGCCUGAUACCCGGUCUAGAAAACGCCAACGGCGUUGA